AUGCCAACUGAGGAUACCUCAUCUGGAACACCGGAAUGGAUUGAAGAGACACGACUCGAAGGUCAUUCGGACUGGGUUCGGGAUGUGGCCUGGGCACCCAGUUUGAAUGUGGCCCGUCAACUGAUCGCUUCCUGUGGUCAGGACGGUCGUGUCAUUGUUUGGCAAUCAGUAUCAAACGCCGAGGCCAGUGGAACUCUGACGAGUAACGCACCGAACAUGCCUGUUGUUUCAUUGGGUACAACCCAUGGACAAACAGCCACGACGACACCGGGCAUUGGGGCAGCUGGUGCCCAACCCACUACCUCUAAUCUGGACCCGAAAGACUAUGUGCACUGUCCGGGUGCCACAAAUUGGCGUCCGAUCGUACUGGGCACUUAUCCCGAUGUGGUCUGGCAUGUGUCUUGGUCCGUGACGGGUAACAUUUUGGCUGUGUCUGGUGGUGAUAACAAGGUUACCUUAUGGAAAGAGACUCUCGAGGGUGGAUGGAUAGCACUGAGCGAAGUCAAUCGGUCUCACGAUCCAACCAGUGUCGUGGGUGCGGACGAGCAUAGUCAGGCGUCAAAUUUAUCCAUGGCUGCAGUGCCCUCGGGUUGA